GCUCCUUUAAAAUCAAAGCUGGCAGCGCAGCAGGGCAUGGCCAGGCACCUGCUCCGAGCGCACAGAGCCAUCCUGAGACUUUCCCCCCUUACAAGUCAACACACAAAACAAGCGAGCAUCACAAGUGACCUGCUGGGUCCUUUGAAGCCGCAGCUCACGGAUUAAGUCGUCCGCGGCGGGUCCCACUGUGUCCGAGGAAGCGCACUGGAGGAGCCCGGGGGGCUGAGAGCGGUCUGACACCUGGAGGAGGAUUCUCUGCAGCGCCACUGCUUCAUGUUUGUCUCUCUAUCUGACAUGUACCCCGCCGAAGGAAAGGGUUGGGACGAGGAGGAUCAGCCGAAGGGAGGGAUGUCUGAAUAACAAGGAGAGAAACACCCACUCUCCAGACUGACCGCGUCCCAAAAGGAGUGGGAGAAAAAGAGGGAGAGAGAGAGGAGCGCUUCAGGAGGAAGCAGCGGCAGCUCUCAGACAUUUUUUGAUUUUCAGAGGAUCUCCUUUGGGGAUUAAAAAAAAAAAGACGCUUUGAAUUCAUGAGUCCAGAGGUCUAGACUGCUAAUGUUGAGGAUGUUGUUGAUGGGAGAGGUCAGGUGGUGCUGUCUGGCCCCGCUGGUUUUACUUGUCUUUGUUUCCUGUGACCCCAGUAAGGCUCAGGGUCAAGUUCCAGCUCCGAGGAGGCUCCGUUUCAAAGUGCACAGUUCCCGCAGACUCCUAGUUUCAUGGAGGCAGCCCAAAGGAGAUGUCGACAGCUAUUUAUUUCUCUACAACAGCUUACCAGGUGGUCAGCAAAAGGAGGUCAUUGUGUCUAAAUCUGACCCAAAGGUUUUAAUAACGGACUACAACCCGUCUAAGGACUACAUUAUUAGCGUCAUUGCUAUUAGAGGCAGAGAGCAGAGCAGACCACUUCGGGGGAGAUUUAAAGCUAAACCAGCUGCUGGAGGUGAUGCUGACAAAGACGACGAGUCCGAGCCGCAGAGACUGACUGAUUCAGAUGGACCUCCUGACGAUGCCAACGAGAUUUCUGGAGCAGAUCUGUUUGUGUGCCACACCGCCGCCAUUGCAGAUAUCGUGAUCCUGGUAGACGGCUCAUGGAGUAUUGGCCGGAUCAACUUCAAGCUGGUCCGUAUGUUUUUGGAAAACCUGGUCAAUGCUUUUGACAUUGGCAUUGAUAAGACCAGGAUAGGCCUGGCCCAGUACAGCGGAGAUCCCAGGAUAGAAUGGCAUCUGAAUACUUACUCUACGAAAGAAGCUGUCAUUGAUGCAGUGAAGAACUUACCGUAUAAAGGAGGAAACACUCUCACAGGGCUUGCAUUGAAUUUUGUCUCAGACUACUGUUUCAAGCCCGAAUCUGGCUCACGAGUCGGUGUACCAAAGAUAGGGAUUCUCAUCACAGAUGGAAAAUCCCAGGACGACGUUGUACCCCCAGCAGAGAGCCUGCGAAAAGCUGGCGUUGAGCUGUUUGCUAUUGGUGUAAAGAAUGCUGAUGAGAACGAGCUGCAGUCCAUCGCCUCAGAGCCGCAUCACACUCACGUCUACAAUGUAGCUGACUUCAACAUUAUGAGUUCGAUAGUCGAGGGACUGACAAAGACGGUGUGUGAACAAGUGGAGCUGCAAGACAAAGACAUCAAGCAGAAAUUUACACCAGAGAAAAUGGAAAUGCCGCUCAACCUGGAAACCUCAGAGGUCACAGCGCAGAGCUUUCGGGUCUCAUGGAGUCCAGCAGCCGGAAACGUGGAGAUGUACAGAGUGGUUUACCACCCGGCUCAGGGAGGAGAACCUCAGGAGGCUGUCGUGGCUGGCAGUGAGACUUCAGUGGUGUUACAGCAUCUCAGCUCUCUCACUGAGUACCAGCUCGCCGUGUUUGCUGUGUACACGGACGAGGCAAGUGAAGCUCUGAGAGGAUCAGAAACUACCUUGGCUCUCCCGUCAGUCGCCAGCCUCCGGCUGUUCGAUGCGACUCACAGCACAGUGAAGGCCAGGUGGAGCCAUGUGGAUGGAGUCUCAGGCUACAUGCUGCUGUAUGCUCCUAUUACAGAUGAUGGAGAUCUAAACAACGAGUGUUGUCCUCAGAUUAAUGUAGCUGAUGGCGUAACAGAGGUGGAGCUGGUUGGCUUGACGCCUGACACUGAAUACUCCGUCACUGUUUAUGCUAUGUAUGGAGAAGAAGCAAGUGACCCCAAAACAAAUCGGGAAACAACACUACCUCUGAGCCCUCCCAGGAACCUCCAGUUUUCAGACAUCACUCAUAACUCUGCCCACAUCAGCUGGGACUCACCGCCUGAUGGGGUGAAAGGUUACCGCAUCAUGUGGGUCAUGACAGACGGACUGGUCACAAAGGAGGCGAAGGUGGGCCCAAUGAAUUCGUAUGACCUCAGUGACCUGGCGUCCCUCAUGGAGUAUUCAGUGGCCAUCUUUGCUUUGUACAAUGAGGGCCAGUCAGAGCCACUGACUGACGGCUUCACAACCACUCCGGUUCCUGGUCCGCUGAAUCUGCGCUCCAGUGACGUCAACGCUGGCAGCUUUAAAGUCAGCUGGGAUCACUCGGCCACAGACAUUGCUCUCUACAGACUCUCCUGGGCACCAUUCUCUGGUGGUGACACAAAGGAGGUGAUUCUGAGUGGAAGUGAGAACAGAUACACUCUCGCCGGUCUCAGUCCCUCCACUAAGUAUGAAGUCCUGUUAACGGCCAUAUUUGACGAUGAAUCUGAGAGCGACACGGUCUCCGUCAUAGAAACCACAUUGGCUAUAACAACAACGAUUCAUACCACAAAAACAGUGACACGUCAGGCUGUGAAAAACCUUCACCUGAGCGAUGAGACCACCCAAAGCUUAGACGCAUCCUGGGAGCUGGAAGACACUGAUGUGGAGAGCUACAGGAUUUCCUACACUGACCUCAGUGCAAACCAAGAGGAGGAAACUAUAUCCGUUGGUGGUGAUCAGAAAAGUGCAUUGCUGCAGCCUUUACUACCAGACACGCAGUACAAAGUGACGGUCACACCUGUGUACUCUGAUGGACAAGAUGGCAUCAGUGCUUCUGCUUUGGGUUCUACAUUGCCUCUCUUGUCUCCUGAAAAUCUACGUGUGUCAGAGGAGUCGUACAACCGUUUCAGGGUCUCCUGGGAUCUGCCUCAGUCUCCGACAGAAGGUUACAGGAUUCUCUACCGGCCCAUUCAUGUUCAAAGUCCAGUUUUGGAGACGACAGUAGACGAAGAUGUGAACUCAAUUCUACUCCUGAAUCUUUUAAGCGGGACGGAUUACAGUGUCCAAGUGACGGCUUUCUACCAAGCAGGACCGAGUGAACCACAGCUCAUUAAUGCGAAGACAUUGUUCCUUGGUGUUUCUGGCUUGUCAACCUACCAGGUGCGCCCCGACAGCAUGUGUGUUCAGUGGCAGCCUCUUCUGCACGCCACAUCAUACCGUGUCUCCAUACAGUCUGUGCUCAAUGGUCAGAGACAAGAGCUAAACCUGGGAGGUUCAGCUUCGCGCCACUGUUUCUAUGACCUCACUCCCAGUAGCCAGUACCAGAUCAGCAUUUAUACACAAAUGCAAGAAAUGGAAGGACCGUCUGUAUCCAUUACUGACAUGACAUUUUCAGAGCCCACUCCUGUUCCGACUGAACCUCCCAGCACAGAGCCCACUCCCACCAUCCCGCCUGCUAAAGAAGUGUGCAAGGAAGCCAAGGCUGAUCUGGCGUUUUUGGUUGACGGCUCUUGGUCCAUUGGAGACGACAACUUCAUGAAGAUCACACGUUUUCUCUACAGCACUAUGGGUUCACUGGAUCUGAUUGGACCAGAUGGCACCCAGGUGGCUGUCGCUCAGUUCAGCGACGACGCACGGACUGAAUUUCUGCUGAGUUCCCACGGUAACAAGGAAGCGCUGCUGGAAGCCAUUCAGAAGAUCAGAUACAAGGGCGGGAACACCAAGACAGGUCGAGCCAUCAAGCACGUGAAGGAAUCCAUCUUCACGCCAGAGGCCGGAGCCAGGAGGGGCGUUCCCAAGGUCCUGGUUGUUCUGACUGAUGGACGGUCGCAGGACGAUGUCAACAAAGUGUCAAAGGAGAUGCAAAUGGAGGGCUACAUCAUCUUUGCAAUCGGCUUUGCGGAUGCAGACUAUGGAGAGCUGGUGAAUAUUGCCAGCAAGCCCAGCGAGAGACACGUCUUUUUCGUGGAUGAUCUGGAUGCUGUGAAGAAAAUAGAGGAGCAACUUAUUACCUUCGUCUGUGAGGCAGCCACCGCCACUUGUCCAUCUAUGCUGAUGAGCGGCAACACGCUGGCAGGCUUCAAAAUGAUGGAGAAGUUUGGCCUGGUGGAGAAGGAGUACAGCACCCUGCCUGGAGUUUCUCUGGAGCCUGGUUCGUUUAACAGCUUCCCCUGCUACAGGUUACACCGCGAUGCCCUGGUGUCGCAGCCCACCAAGUACCUUCACCCUGAGGGUUUGCCAUCCGACUACACCAUUUCUAUGAUGCUCCGUUUGCUCCCUGAGACCCCGCAGGAACCCUUUGCUUUGUGGGAAAUCCUCAACAAAGACAAUGCGCCGAUGGUGGGCCUAAUCCUCGACAGCUCUGGGAAGACGCUGACAUUCUUCAACCACGACUACAGAGGAGACUUCCAGACUGUUACGUUUGAAGGACCAGAAAUCAAAAAGGUUUUCCACGGCAGCUUCCACAAGCUCCAUGUAACCGUCAGCAAGACGUCGGUGAAGGUGGUGUUGGACUGCUCUGUGGUCGGGGAGAAGUCCAUCAGAGCGGCUGGGAAUAUCACCACAGACGGAGUCGAGGUCCUGGGGAAAAUGGUUCGGUCCAGAGCCAAAAGAGACGGCUCUGCUCCGUUUCAGCUGCAGAUGUUUGACAUCAUCUGCAGCACAUCCUGGGCCAGCAGAGAUAAGUGCUGUGAGCUGCCAGCUUUGAGAGUGGAGGAGCAGUGUCCUCCCCUGCCCCAUGCCUGCACCUGUUCUCAGGAAAGCAAAGGACCUCCAGGACCAUCCGGGCCCCGUUCUGGAUUCCAAUUGUUUCUUUACGAGGGUGGACCCGGGAUAAGGGGAGCCAGAGGAAACAGAGGGGAACCAGGAGUGACGGGACCCCAGGGACCUAUGGGGGAAAUCGGCCCGUCUGGGCCUCCAGGACCGCCUGGUCCUCAGGGACCCAGUGGACUCUCCAUUCAGGGACCCCCAGGCAUUCGUGGAGAAAAGGGAGAGAGAGGUGAUGCUGGCACAGGAGGACCAACGGGCGUUCCUGGAAGCCCUGGCUCUCCAGGCAGAGAUGGUCCUCCGGGAGCAAGGGGUCAGCCGGGUAACAGCGGUCCUCAGGGAAGACAAGGACCUCCUGGACCCAUCGGAGCUCCAGGAGCUCCUGGAGUCCCAGGGCCCAGUGGACCAGCGGGACCUUCAGGUGAACAAGGAGUGCCUGGUCUUGCUGGUACCAAAGGCGAUAAAGGAGAGAGAGUAAGCUACUCAAUCUGUACACGUUAGCUGCUGUUAGAGCGAUAUUCCAGUAGACAUGUUGUCCCUUUUCUUCUCUAAAACCCUCAAAGUUUUUCACUUAUGGCCCCAGCUCUUUCUAGAAGAAAUCACAUUUCUCUGUAUGAGUCGCUGGCUCCUUAACUCGAACAGGCAGCUUUUUCCAUACCGUGUCUUCAUGCUUGUUUAAAGCGAACCAAAUCAAAUUGGUGUUCAUGGAGCACCAAGGGCAGUGUCUGGAUUUUUGCUGACAAAAGCGAGGACGUCGACGCCAGCGGCUUUGUAAGACACGCUCCUCGCCGGCUUGAAUCAAAACUAAACGUUGGGGACGUUUGUACCUCGACGCAGCUAAUUUUAGCUUCAAGAACCGAGAUGAAAGGCGUUUAAAAAGAAAAAGAGAAGAUUUUUCUCCUCAGAACUGCGUUUCUGUGAGUUGGCCCAGUUCUCAUCAAAGAUGGUGGUAAUAUGAUGAGGAUUUCUUUUUUUACACUUUUGAUCAGCCCUUCAGCUGACCUUUUCCUGUUUUCAAGUCACAAAUAGGAGCAGCUGAUCUUAUUUAGAUCCCUCUCAUGGAGUUUUAAGAAGGAAUCAAACAUUGCAAUAACCGUAAAAUAACAUAGAAACCUAAAAUCACUCAUGUUGUUAGAUUACUUUGUUCAGAAAAGAUAACAUUUGUUGAUGAAUUUCCCCAAAAAUGGUUCACUAAACAAAAAGGUAUUUUUUUGUCUUUUGUUUCUGUUCUUUAAUAUACAAAUAUCGAACUGAAAUUCCAGGUAUUUCAAGAGUUAAGCUCGGCUUAUUGAAGAUACAGCUCUGAAUUAAAAUUACGGGACCACUUAACGUGUUCAGUUUCUCUGA